CCACACACUAGCACCCAUGUGAGUUCAGGCCCCAACACUAGCACCCAUGUGAGUUCAGCACUCCACACUAGCACCCAUGUGAGUUCAGUCCCCCACACUAGCACCCAUGUGAGUUCAGGCCCCCACACUAGCACCCAUGUGAGUUCAGCACUCCACACUAGCACCCAUGUGAGUUCAGCACUCCACACUAGCACCCAUGUGAGUUCAGGCCCCCACACUAGCACCCAUGUGAGUUCAGGCCCCAACACUAGCACCCAUGAGAGUUCAGCACUCCACACUAGCACCCAUGUGAGAUCAGCACUCCACACUAGCACCCAUGUGAGUUCAGGCCCCCACACUAGCACCCAUGUGAGUUCAGCACUCCACACUAGCACCCAUGUGAGUUCAGGCCCCCACACUAGCACCCAUGUGAGUUCAGGCCCCCACACUAGCACCCAUGUGAGUUCAGCAGUCCACACUAGCACCCAUGUGAGUUCAGCACUCCACACUAGUACCCAUGUGAGUUUAGGCCCCCACACUAGCACCCAUGUGAGUUCAGCAGUCCACACUAGCACCCAUGUGAGUUCAGCACUCCACACUAGUACCCAUGUGAGUUUAGGCCCCCACACUAGCACCCAUGUGAGUUCAGCACUCCACACUAGCACCCAUGUGAGUUCAGCACUCUACAAUAGCACCCAUGUGAGUUCAGGCCGCCACACUAGCACCCAUGUGAGUUCAGGCCCCCACACUAGCACCCAUGUGAGUUCAGGCCCCAACACUAGCACCCAUGUGAGUUCAGCACUCCACACUAGCACCCAUGUGAGUUCAGUCCCCCACACUAGCACCCAUGUGAGUUCAGGCCCCCACACUAGCACCCAUGUGAGUUCAGCACUCCACACUAGCACCCAUGUGAGUUCAGCACUCCACACUAGCACCCAUGUGAGUUCAGGCCCCCACACUAGCACCCAUGUGAGUUCAGGCCCCCACACUAGCACCCAUGUGAGUUCAGGCCCCAACACUAGCACCCAUGAGAGUUCAGCACUCCACACUAGCACCCAUGUGAGAUCAGCACUCCACACUAGCACCCAUGUGAGUUCAGGCCCCCACACUAGCACCCAUGUGAGUUCAGCACUCCACACUAGCACCCAUGUGAGUUCAGCACUCCACACUAGCACCCAUGUGAGUUCAGGCCCCCACACUAGCACCCAUGUGAGUUCAGCAGUCCACACUAGCACCCAUGUGAGUUCAGCACUCCACACUAGUACCCAUGUGAGUUUAGGCCCCCACACUAGCACCCAUGUGAGUUCAGCAGUCCACACUAGCACCCAUGUGAGUUCAGCACUCCACACUAGUACCCAUGUGAGUUUAGGCCCCCACACUAGCACCCAUGUGAGUUCAGCACUCCACACUAGCACCCAUGUGAGUUCAGCACUCUACAAUAGCACCCAUGUGAGUUCAGGCCGCCACACUAGCACCCAUGUGAGUUCAGGCCCCCACACUAGCACCCAUGUGAGUUCAGGCCCCCACACUAGCACCCAUGUGAGUUCAGCACUCCACACUAGCACCCAUGUGAGUUCAGUACUCCACACUAGCACCCAUGUGAGUUCAGGACCCCACACUAGCACCCAUGUGAGUUCAGACCCCCACACUAGCACCCAUGUGAGUUCAGGCCCCCACACUAGCACCCAUAUGAGUUCAGCACUCCACACUAGCACCCAUGUGAGUUUAGGCCCCCACACUAGCACCCGUGUGAGUUCAGCACUCCACACUAGCACCCAUGUGAGUUCAGGCCCCCACACUAGCACCCAUGUGAGUUCAGCACUCCACACUAGCACCCAUGUGAGUUCAGGCCCCCACCUUAGCACCCAUGUGAGUUCAGCACUCCACACUAGCACCCAUGUGAGUUCAGGCCCCCACACUAGCACCCAUGUGAGUUCAGGCCCCCACACUAGCACCCAUGUGAGUUCAGGCCCCCACACUAGCACCCAUGUGAGGUCAGCACUCCACACUAGCACCCAUGUGAGUUCAGCACUCCACACUAGCACCCAUGUGAGUUUAGGCCCACACUAGCACCCAUGUGAGUUCAGGCCACCACACUAGCACCCAUGUGAGUUCAGCACUCUACACUAGCACCCAUGUGAGUUCAGGCCCCCACACUAGCACCCAUGUGAGUUCAGGCCCCCACACUAGCACCCAUGUGAGUUCAGGCCCCCACACUAGCACCCAUGUGAGUUCAGGCCCCCACACUAGCACCCAUGUGAGUUCAGGCCCCCACACUAGCACCCAUGUGAGUUCAGGCCCCCACACUAGCACCCAUGUGAGUGCAGGCCCCCACACUAGCACCCAUGUGAGUUCAGGCCCCCACACUAGCACC